UCAGAGAGGUGGAAGACCAUGUCUGGUAAAGAGAAAGGAAAAUUUGAAGACAUGGCAAAGGCAGACAAGACUCAUUAUGAAAGAGAAGUGGAAACUUACAUUCCUCCUAAAGGAGAAACAAAAAAGAAGUUCAAGGAUCUCAAUGCGCCCAAGAGGCCUGCUUUGGCCUUCUUCUUGUGCUGUUCCGAGUAUCGCCCAAAAAUCAAAGGAGAACGUUUUGGCCUCUCCAUUGGUGAUGUUGCAAAGAAACUGGGAGAAAUGUGGAAUAAUACUGUGGCAGAUGAGAAGCAGCUGUACAAGAAGAAGGCUGCUAAGCUGAAGGAAAAGUACGUCGCUGCCUACCAAGCUAAAGGAAAUUCUGAUGCAGUGAAAAAGGGAGUUGUCAAGGCUGACAAAAGCAAGAAAAAGAAGGCAGAGAGGGAAGAUGAAGAAGAAGAAGAGGGUGAAGAUGAAGAAGAAGAUGAUGAAUAAGUUGGUUCUAGCGCAGGUUUUUUUCUUGUCUAUAAAGCAUUUAACUCCCCUGUACACAACUCACUCUUUUUGAA